GCAAAGCGAGCAGAGAAAGGGAAGCGUUUGUGAUUCAGCCCCUGCCUCGGAGAGAGGAGGUCUGCCCUACGCGGGAGGGAGAAGCUGCAGCCCGGGGAAGGAUGGGGAUGCUGGUGAGAGCAGCCCUGCUCAUGAGUCCUCUUCUCUUCUGCAGUGCUUUUCUGCACCUGACUGGCCCCAACGAGAUCGAAGGCAUGUGGAAGGGAUCUGCCACCUUGCCUUGUGCCUAUGUGCCUGCAAAGGACUUUGUGCAGCAAAAGUUGACAUGGUCUGUGGAACAUGACCAGACCUCUGGCACCAUCUUUCAGAGGGAUGCCUCCGGCGACCACAUUCUCGUGGCCGAGUACAGGGACCGGGUCAGUGUCCCCAAGGAUGCCCCAGGGAACGUGUCCCUCCACAUCCUGAACCUGGAGGUCUCGGACAGGGGAACCUACAGCUGCCAGGUCACCUGGCGAGACAGCAGCAACAGCCUGAUAGCAAAAGAGAUCACCAUGAAAUUGGAGGUUGUUAAAGUUGCAGUGACCAAGCCUGUCAUCAGGGCCGGCGAGCUGGGGCUGAGGGUGCCAGGACCAGCCACGUGUGUGGCCAGCGGGUCCCCCCCCAUCAGCUACCGCUGGUUCAGGAGCGCCCCGGGAGGGAAAGCCCUGCUCCUGAGCAGCCAGGCCGAGCUAAGGUGGGACAGCCUGCAGCCCUCCGACGCCGGGAAGUACUACUGCGAGGCAGCGAACAGGGCUGGGGCCGGGGCUGCGCAGCGGAGCGACGCCGUGGAGCUGACGGUGCGAGAAAGAAACCAAACAGAGCUGGUGUUCAGCAGUACCUCAGUAAUGUCUUGGACUCCCUGGGACUCCACCACCGCUACAGGUCUGCCCGUAACAGCGGUGACUUCUGCGAACGAUGUGGGAUGCCCAGAACAGAACUGUACAACUCCGACUCUAGGUGCCGCCAGGACUCGCCUGCCCCUGUACCUGGUCAUCCUGGUCGCUGUGCUCUGCAGUGCUGUGGUGUUCCUGGUCAUCUCUCUCAUCGUCUGCAUCAGAAAGCCCAAAGACGCUCAAGUCUAUGAAGUAAAAUUCCAUACCUCGCGAGCAGCAGCUUCAAGGUGUGACAGCACGGGUCAUUAUGAGGAACCCAUCUCUGCCACUGAAAACAACUAUGUGAUGGAGCCAGUGAAAAACAAAACUUCUGAAGAAAUAAAUAUGAAGAAUGAAUAUGACUGUCUUGGAAACACCCAGGAAUCUGUAUAUGAAGUAGGGGACACUGUGUGAGAGCCAACAGUGCUCUACAGGUAGCAGUCCUGCAGAGUGCCUUCAUCCAGGUGAAAUUUAUCUUCCAAUUCAUCUAUGCCUCUGAAAAAUAGGUUGGACAAGCAAAUUUUGCUCCUCCAGGAUUUGUGGCGCCUUAAGCUCUGCAGUGAGAAUGUAAACCUCUUCAGGAACUUCAGUUACAGACUGCUGUGCAGAUCUUCUGGGCUUGCUUUGCUUGGUUCCCUUUUACCGCCUCUGCAGAAGAAAACCCUCUGAAAGCUCGGGUAUGCAGACCCCAGGGCAAGAGCACUGGACUAAACUUACUGCUUUACAUGACCAAAAGGAUCUGCGCUCACAGCCUGCGCCUGGUGGGAGUAGAACCAGCACCAGGGGCUGCUCAACAUCCCAGCCAUCCCCGGGGAAGAAGUGCAGGAGGAGGCUGGCCUGGGAAGCAGUGUUUCUCCCACCCACCUGAAGUGCUGAAGGUGGUUGGAUGGCCUUUUAAACGUGAGAGAGCCCUUAAAGAAACGCCAAAAGACAGACUAAAGCCAGGGUAACCCCGAGCACCUUCCCGCACCAGGAGCAGCCGUACCAAGUGUCCCGUGCACUCGUCGUGCCGGAUGCCCUAAGCCUUUCCGCAGCACUCGCAACACCGUGCAGACACUUCCUAUAGCGCAGGACACCUUGGGCGAUUCCAACACUGCCACAAGGCAAUUCUGAGUUCCUUCCCUAUUCUCUCUUUUAAUGCAUGUUUAAUAUUUGAGAGAAUUGGGUACUUUUCCAUAGGCUUGUGGACCCAUGCCUAGUUUAUUUUGAAAUGAAUAUUUUUGCACAACUGGCUCAUGUUUAAAGUGCCGCCAGCAAGCACUCACAGUCGCAGCUCCUCAGCAGGCAGUCGUGAAGUCCUAGAAGGCCUGAAGGUGAGUAGGGAGCUGAAAAGCUUUGUUGUUCAUCAUUUCUACUACUGAGUUAAUCUAUAGCAUGGAUAGUACAGAGUUACGGAAGAACCUUUUCAUAAUGAAUGAUAGGGCAAUACCAUCUCCAAUUAAAAGCCACACGGACAGAUGUAAAACCAACCAAGUGAUCUGAGGGGCGUUGGGGACGUUGGUGGCACAGAUAUAGGAUUAACGGGCCCCCAGAGUCUCUGCUCCUGCUCAGGAAUGGUCUGCAUCUCCAGCUCUCUGCAAGCAUCAGCUCAAAGUUCACCAGCGUGCAAAUAGUGUCAGGUGCUACCAGGAGAGGCGUUACAGCCCAACGGAGAACAGGACGGGGAUACUGUAAACCCCAUGGAAUGCUGAGAGGGGUAGGAAAGUUGCUGAGAGUGAUGAUAAAGGGUGAGUACUGGCAUGAAACCACUCCUGUGCAAUGCACUUGAACUUUCUCAGCUUGGGGGAAAAGAGAAGAAUGAGGCAAAGUGUGCUCAUCAUGGCCAGCGUGGAGAAGACAGGGCCUGUUUUCAGAGAAUCGGUAAAGAAAAGGAAGCGGACAUCAGCCAAAAUUAUCUGGUAGCACUUCAAAAGGGGGAGGAAAAGCACUUCUUUUUUGCAACACAGAAAUAAGCGUGGAACGCGGUGCUACCCAUCGAGUGCUGUGAAACCCAAAGUACCCAGCGGUCCGGUGAGACAUCAGAGGUGUGAACGAUACGAAAGCUCACCAGAACUCUCAAACUACGAGGACACUUCACAGGCGCUGAGCAGUGACCUUGUGCUUGCUCCCUGAAUUCCCUGUCCCACAAGUUUUAUUUCUCUUAAAUGAUGUGCUCAAAAAUCAAGGGCUGGGAAACCUUGAUUUCAGAAUGGAAACAGAGAGCAGCUUUUGUUGGGGAUGAUGUCUUGGAAAAAAUUGUCAGCGCGUAUGUGCAGCUUAUUGCAAAUGUGGAGAAGCAAAUGGAAACCAUUAAACUUCAGGACUGCAGAGUUAGCAGCAGAUUUUGUUGUGCUUCUCAUU